AUGGGUUCAAGCUUCCCCUCGCCAGGAAGUUCCCUCGCGGUGCUCCCCGUUAUAUUAUCCCCGCUAGGAGCUCCCCCACUCGGAGCUCCCCCGUUCGGAGCUCCCACGCUCGGAGCUCCCCCGUUCGCAACCCCCCCUUCUCCGCCGUUUCUGCGCGAAGAGGGGGAACUUGAAGACGAGCUGUCGGAGGAGCAAGAGGCGCUACUGCCAAGCGCUUCGCAAGCGGCAGCGGCGGCAGUGCAGGGAAUAACGGCGGAGGGAGGGAAUGGCGCGGCGGGGGCAAAAUCGCUUCCCUUCUGCCUCGCGAUCGCUGCCGUUCUGUUCCUCGUCGUUAUUCUCGGGCUCCUCACGUUUGCAGCUCGCUACUACGUGCGAAUCCAUCUUCGCCGCGCUCGCCUCGCGAGGAACGACGCCGCGGCUUCGACGGCGAACGUUGGUGGGCCGCAAGCGUCUGGCGGUGGGCUGGAUGCGGAGCGAAUCGCGACGUUCCCUGUAUGGCGUUACUGCAUUUCCCCCCCUGUUGCGGGGGACAUUCCCGAUAAAUCGGAUUUAUCCGAUAAGAAGCCAAUUCUGGAAAAUGGCGAGAAGGAAAUCAUUGCAGCUGGAACUGCGACUACAAGAGAGAUCGCUAUAACGACUGACGCUGCUAACUUGAUACAAAAAUCAGACUCUCAAGAAAUGGAGUUCUUGAAACGGGGGAGAUUAUUGUUGACGAGCACGGAGUGUACAGUGUGCCUGAGUGACUUUAACGAGGGCGAGCUGGUUCGGUCCGUGCUGCCGUGCGAGCAUCGGUUCCACGUGGCGUGCAUCGACCAUUGGCUCGCCACCAAGACCACGUGCCCCGUGUGCCGAACGGACCUCAAAUCGCUGGCGCCGCAUGCGGGUGAAGACGACUCGGAUCUGGCAGAGAAGGUGGCGGGAGGGGACGACGCUGUCUAA